GCUCUAUUACCGACCUAAUAGUUUUCAACACUUUCUAAACGAGCAUAUAAAAUCACCGAUAUAAAAACAAUAUCACAUCGAAUUCUAUCGACUAAAUUUGUACUUCAAAUAGGAGUUUCAUCGUAAAGGAUCGCUAUUCAAAUAUGAAGUCUCUAACGGUGCAACGAUAGCAUGAAAUUUAAAGGGAUGAACAUUUCCACCUUGAACCAUUGAUUUUCCAUAUACAAAGAUGCCAUGAAUCGCAUACGACAGAAAUGAACGAUCAUCUCCCUAUACCUUUCCCCUAUUUAUAAGCUAACCUUCGUAGUUACGAUUUCUCGAAAACCUGGCAUCUUAUUUCAAAUUGUUAAGAUGCACGCAAAUCGAAACCUCGACCAAACGAUUAAUCGCUCGCUGUUUCCAAAAUCGCCUCCAAAUCAAAGACUAAAUCGCCCAGAAGACGCAAAGGCUCUCGGUCUUCGAGUUCCAGAUUCCGACAGCUUUAAAUCAAAUUCGACCUCGUUUAAAGGCCCCGCUCGCCUAUCCAGCCCCAAGUCCACUAGAAAAAGAUCGAACGACGAUAGCAAACUUAAGAAAGACGUUAAGCGUCAUCGAAAUAUAGACGUAAAAACGUCGAAGAAGCUACCGGAUUUAAAGCAAGAACAAAAGGCUCAACGAACCGCUACGUUAGAAACGCUGAGUAUUUUACACGCGAAAUUGGAACGAGGGCUGAAAAAUAUUUCGAACAGGACGAAAGCGCGACCAAAAUUUCAUCCGGAUACUCCAAGGGACUCCGGUACCCCAGCGAAUUCAAGUCCGACCACGAUACGCACAUCCGGCCGUAAAUCGACAAUCGACGGUAAACUGAGAAAAAAAUCGUCGACCUCCCAGGGAAACAAGCCAGACAAACUUAGGAAAGAAUCGAGCUCAAAAUCCACAAAACAAUUGUUCAGCAUGGCUGAAUCGUGGAGCAGCGACUCCGUGGUCAGUCAUUCGGAUAACUGUGCCUGCUGUCACAGCCGAGAGCCUUGCCCCUUUCACGGAAGCGACUUCUACGGAAAAUAAAACUACUCUGUUUGUUCUAUCAUCUGAGAAAUUUCCAUGCUUUACUAACGAAUGCGCAAAUAAGUCGAUGUAGUUACUAGGAGAUUACUAGGAGGACUACGACGAAGUUUGAAGAAAAUCUCGUAAUUUACUGUAAACCAAAGGUUAGAGUCCGAAGUGAAAUUAAGUAACGAGUUGUGAAAUAGAUACAAAUUUAGAUGUUUUAUUCGACUAAUUAUGCUGUCAAGUGCAAGAUGCAUUUUACUGUACAAAGUACGCUGGUAUGAUCGUCGGUGUAAGGAUUAUUUCUUAUAUUUUUUUAGAUAGCGAUACAAUUAUUCAUUAAAUCGCGUAGCUACCGUCGUAGUACAACUUGCAUUCGUGUUGUUGAAAGAUAGAAAUAAAAUAUAAAAACAAACUGCAUGCGUAAUACUAUCGCAGCUUCGUACAGUUAUAUGGAAGAAAAGGAAAGUUUCUUUUUUUUAUGCUCCUUUCUCUAAUAUCGUUUCUAUGUGUUCAUAAAUCUUUCGGUGCAACAAUAUAUCACGAAUCGCACAGUCACUCGUGACGCGCGUAUUUACUCGAAACUUUCUUAACUUGUACAAGCGUACCAGCAUUCUUUGCAAAUCACCAGAUAAAAUCUGCGAUCUGCGGUCGAGAAAAGAAAAAGCAAUAUUACUACAAUU